UUGAUGCCUCAAAUCCGCUCUAAUGGCAUUGAUGAAGCCAUGUUUUCCCCUCCAAGACGGCUAAGUACUGAAGAAGUCCCCAGCAUUGUAGAUGGAGUAAAGAAACGAGCAUUAUUGAGAUAUAUCCAUCUUCUUACACAAUUAACCACAAAAAACUUGAAAAGUGUUUUAAGAGAGAAAAAGAAUCAAAGAGACUCACGGAAAUGGAAAAUGCAGUAGCGAAACAGAGCAUCCCUCUCCUUACUCCCUACAAGAUGGGAAGAUUCAAUCUUUCCCACAGGGUUGUGCUGGCACCAAUGACGAGACAGAGAUCAUACGGAAACGUUCCUCAGCCUCACGCUGUCUUGUACUACUCUCAGAGAACGAGCCCAGGAGGGUUUCUUGUCACUGAAGCUACAGGAGUUUCAGACACAGCUCAAGGUUAUCAAGAUACUCCUGGGAUAUGGACUAAAGAGCAUGUGGAGGCAUGGAAACCAAUCGUGGAAGCUGUUCACGCCAAAGGUGGUGUCUUCUUCUGUCAAAUCUGGCAUGCUGGCCGUGUUUCUAACCGAGGUUUUCAACCAAAUGGGCAAGCUCCCAUCUCUUGUUCAGACAAGCCAUUGAUGCCUCAAAUCCGCUCUAAUGGCAUCGACGAAGCCAUGUUCACCCCUCCAAGACGGCUAAGUACUGAAGAAAUCCCCAGCAUUGUCAACGACUUUAGGCUAGCAGCAAGAAACGCCAUGGAGGCAGGCUUUGAUGGAGUAGAGAUUCAUGGUGCUCACGGCUAUCUGAUCGACCAGUUCAUGAAGGACGCGGUGAAUGACAGAACAGAUGAAUACGGUGGAUCAUUACAAAAACGUUGCAAAUUCGCUUUAGAAAUAGUUGAAGCAGUGGCUAACGAGAUAGGACCAGACCGUGUUGGCAUCAGGCUCUCUCCCUUUGCUGACUACUUGGAGUCUGCAGACACAAACCCACAAGCGUUGGCCCUUCACAUGGCGGAAUCUUUAAACAAAUACGGAAUCCUCUACUGUCAUGUGGUUGAAGCAAGAAUGAAAACAGUGGGAGAAGUAGGAGAGUGUCCUCCUCACAUGCUAGUGCCUAUGAGGAAAGCCUUUCAGGGGACUUUCAUCUCAGUGGGAGGUUACACGAGGAAAGAUGGGAAUGAGGCAGUGGCAGAGGGUCGGACCGAUCUAGUGGCUUAUGGUCGGUGGUUUCUUGCAAACCCUGAUCUGCCUAAGAGGUUUGAAGUGGAUGCAGAGCUGAAUAAAUAUGAUAGGCCAACGUUUUACACUUCUGAUCCUGUCAUUGGUUACACGGAUUACCCUUUUCUUGAAUCAACGGCUUAGACAUUGUCAUUAAGUGUGAGGUUUGAUGAAGUUCAUCGGACUUGUUCAUCGGUUGGGCCGAGUUGCACAAGUUACGUGUGGACAACCUAUGGGCCUAAUCGAUAAAGCCCAUUAGGUUAAGUGCUGACAAUACAAAGAAGGAGAGAUCACGACAGAGAUCUCUAAGUCAAGCUUCUGGGAGGCACGAGCCUCAAGCAUCCAAGAAAGUUUCCAUGGCGUCUCUUAGAGAGAUGGAGUAAGCUAGAGAUGAUUUGUUGUUCUAAGUUUAGCUCUUAGCCAUGUACUCUUGUAUUAUCUCUUUAUACUCUCUUGGGUUUGCAUACCCAGGAACAGAGAGAAGUAUGAUCUUGUAAACCACAUCGGAGGUGUUUUCCGAUACUUCAUGGUGGAUGUUGUGGAUCCCGGAUCCACCCCAGAUGUAGUGCGCUGCGGCCGCGAACUAGGUUAAAAACUCUUGUGUCAUGAACAAGGAUUGAAUCAAUGGGAAAGAUCAAAGGGACCAGGGGAUGUUACGAAUCCCCAAGGAAGUCUUGUUAGAGUUACGAUUGACUCUACAAGUGGUAUCAGAAGAACCACGAAUUCCGCAACAAAUGGUAUCAGAGCAUAGGCUCAUUGAUUCCUGGAGUCCACGUCUCGAGGAGGAGAGACAUAUGAAGCUGGUGGUCACGUGGUGUUACCCUAAUCAGAGUAGUACACCGAGAUCAAGAUCAGGUGAAAGAGAUUUUUGGUUUACAAGAGGAAGAAGGAAAACUGUUCGACGUUCUUCGCUGCAGUUGCACAAGUUUACGGAGGAAGGAUUCACAAGUCAGUUGAAUCGGUUGAGAUGAUUUCGAGUUUAUGAAAUCAGGGUUUCUCUACAGUUCUCCAAGGGUGCAAGAAUCUGCUGCUAUGUGAGAAGGGUUUCAGGUUACUCACAAGUCAAGAUGGUGGCAGGCUGCUAGCAUAAGAAAUAGAGGUUUCAGAGCUGUCUUCGAUCUGCAGUCACAAGGAGUGUGUGACAGUCACAAGGCGUGUGUGACUAUAUGCAUUGGAGUUUCGGAUUUUUUCAUAUUCUGCAAGUUAUUGGAGUUGAGAGCAUAGUGGAGCACAAGGGAUUUUCGCACUGGUGUUUUGUAUGGGAUUAUCUGAAGAUUCAGUGAGGGAUUUCACGGUGUUCUUGGGUUAUCUCUACAUGGUAUAUCAGUCGCAGGUGGUGUGUUAAUCUAUGGGGUUAUUUCAGCUCGAUAUCUCAUGGAAUUCUUGGAACUAGGGGACGCCUUAGAACCUUGAAUGAUAUGAGUGUUUCAUGGCUGUUCAGAUGGUAUUCUUUAGUCAGCGUGAAGGAUGUUGCAGAAGGGUUUGAAAGAGAUCGACUCAUGCGGGUUCGUCUAUGUGUGAUCACGGAAGUCCACAGUUGGGUAGAGGUUCAGAGAACAAGAUACCACAAGGCUGAUAUUUUCAGAGGGAAUGCAGUGUGGUUUUCUAAGCAGAUAUGUGUUUGGCAUAACACAUAGUUUUCUGCUGGGAUGGAUCUGCAAGAACGAGGAGUUACUUGUUCAAGGCAGAGUUCGGCUGAACAGGUGGUGGUGUCAAAUCGAGAUUGAUUCAGGAUGGAAACAAGUGUGUUUCGGGUUUUCUGCAUGGGAUUCAGUAGUAGUUUGUUUCGGCUUCUCAGGCAUAUGAGGGAAAACAAAUUGGUCUACAAGGUUUCACGGUUGCAGAGGUAAUGAUUUGUUUGAGCAGAGGUUGAGCAGAGAUUCUUUGCGUCGAAAGUCUUCUUAGCAGGUUGAGCUAAGCGGCGGGUUCUGUUGGCAACAGCAGCGGUUCAGAGAGAUGUUCAAGGAAAUGUGUUCAUUCAGGUUGUUACAAAGGAAAUUCUCAGGAUGGGGAGUUUAGUGUCUACAGGCUAUUGAGGUUUGUUAGGAUUGAAUCAAAGAGCUCUGGUUUGAGGCAAUGGUGAUUCAGAUUCUGCAAGAGCUUCAAAUUAGCAUCGACAUCAGCUGGAAAUUCUGAAGAAGAAGAAUCAGUAGAUUUGUAGUCACAAUCUGAUGAUUAUUUCAGAAGUGACGAACCAAUGAUGAUGCUAAAGGAUAUGGAGCAUCAGAGAAGAAGCAGAUGACGUUUGUAUGUGGUAGACAAAGACAACGUCAGAGACAGAGGAAGAAACGUUCACAGUGGAAAAUCCUAAUGCACGUGAUGGUUUCAGGUCUAUGAAAUCAUGAUGAGAGACUUGCAAGGGAUGCAGCGGUUGUUUGCAAGAAAGGGAAGACUCGCGCAAGCUGCAACAUAACAGCUGCACAUGUUGGCGUGUUCGUGAUCAGAGUGUUGGAGAUUGAUUUGAGUCGUCUGGGAUGGAGGAUAUCUCAAGGGAAUACAAACUCACAUUAAGUCAAAGCUAGGCUUAAAGGAGAAGGAAUCAAAGGUCAUCAAUCUCACAGGGACUGAAGGUUUUCAGAGAUCACAAGGAAUGCAGGAUGUAUUUGCGAAAGAUGAUCAACGGAUCUUGCAGCUGCACAGGUUGGUUGUCGUGUGACAACAAUGUGAUGAAACAGAGGUGAUUCUGUUUUGGGUCAGAACAAGUCAGUCUCGUGGGGGCAUGAGAGGAAAGGUUUCUGGCUGGUAGAAGAAAGUCAGAGGAGUCACCAAGUCAGUGUGGCUGAACAGGUUGUACCUCUAAGAAGAAUAAACUAGAGUAUGGGAUAAGUGUGUAAAAGGCUACACAAGGGUAUGUUGGAGCAAAUGGCUAUUUGUAGUAACAACAUGCAGAAGCUUUAGUAAGGUCGUGUGAGUGACGGGGAAAACCUAAAGAUAAAAAGGCGAUUCAAGGUUAGACUUAGCUUGAAGAUUCUGGUCAAAUGCAGAGGAAAAUGCGCAGGCAGAAUCGGGUUGAACAGGUUGUUACGACUGGUUGUAAUCCUGAGGAUAAAGGGUAUGAGACAACAGUCAUCAACACUUGUUCAAGAAGCAGAAAGUCGCUACCACAGCUAGGAGAAGCAUGUGUGAGUUAUACCUUAGAGGAAUCGUCAUGGAUAUCUGAGUUAGAAAUUCAAGAUGAAUAGACUCAGAGGAGAAGUCAGGGACGCCGAUCUGGUGUCACGACCACAAUGGUCAAGGUGGAGCUCUCGGAUAAGAAUUGCAGCUCAAAGGCAAAAAGGAGAAUUUGCAGACUUGACCAGGUCAGAACUUCAUGCUUGAACAGGUUAUGGUUCGAGUAUAGUUACAGCUUGAGAAACUCGUCAUGAGUUCGAGUUUGACACGACAGAAGCUGUAAGGGAGUAUCUCAAGAGUAUCACAGGCAUGUAUGAUGAGAGAUAUGUUCAAGGGCCGACAGGAACAUUGAACAGUUGCAGAAACUUAGUUACAGAGACAUGAUACUUCGAAAGGGUUAUUUGAUUCAGGUGGAGCCACUGAGAUUAUAUAAGGAUUGAUUCAUCAGGGAUAUAUAUAUAAUCUGAUUCCAGGUGGAAUGAGUCACUGGUUUAGAAGAUGUCUUGAUUGGAUCAGCUGAAAGGUAAAAGUUUCGGGUUAGCAACUUGGUCAGCUCAAAAGAGUAAGAGCUGAAACGAAAGGUUAUAUUCAUGAUAAGGGGCUUGUAGAUAUGUUCAGAGUGUCAAGGGCCAGAAGGUGUCAGGAUCAGUUAACAAGUACAAGGCGCAUCAUCAGAAGAUUUGUAAGAGGAGUCUUACAUAAGGGAACUUGUAGGCGAGACAAGUAAAUCGGCAUACGUAUCAGGAAUACACUGCAGUGAGGUUGAUACAGAGGACCACGAAAUCUGAGCCGAGUAUGAUGCAAGAGAAACACGUGGUGAAGUACUUAGUUAAACUGAAGGGAAGCAAGUAUCAAGAGAUACUGAAGUAUUGAGCAGUGAAGAUGAAGAUUGGUGAGAUGAAGCAAAGUAAGAAACUGUUAGAAGACAUCGCAGGGAUUGCAGGGAAUUGUCUUACCGUUUGUUCAUCUCAGGAAGGGUAAGACUUGUUCUCCACAAGCAGGCUCAUCUUAAGCUCAAGUCGUGGAACUGAAAGAAGUUUCAUGAAGGUUUAAAUGCAAAGAAAAUCCGAUUGCAUUUAAGGAAACAUAACAAGUGCAGUUCUGGAAAUAUGGUCGCAUCACAUGGAGUACUGAGGAAGUUUUCUUCAAGGAAGUCCAUUGGCUAAUGGCAGGUUCAAUGACUAACAGGCAUGUUCAAGUCGUUGAUGGUGAUGCACAAGUUUCGGUGUUGGAUACAUCUCAGUACAAGAAGGGUAUUGAGGAAAGGAAUUCACAGCUGAGUAAAGGAGAGAUAUCAGACAUUCUAGAUAGAUAUCACAUGCAGCUAGUAAGGAGAGCCAAGGCGUAUCAUGGUGAAGAUGGUAUGAGGCUCAGUUCAUUUAACUAGCAGUGGGGUCUAAAUCUGUUAGUGGGGUUCUGUAGUUGCAGAACAGGUUGAUCAGAUGGUGGAGCAAAGAUGUUUGUGUCGAAAGUCUUCCUAAUCAGGUGGUGUUAGGCGGCAUGUCCUGCUUGUGCAGCGGUACAAAGUGAUGCUCAAGUGCAGUCUGUUCAAGAACAUCAAGGGUAAGUCAAAGACUAUUUCAGAGAUAUGGAGCAUGAGUGACUUCAAGGGUUUGCGGUUGAUUCAAGGAGAAUUAUGUGGUAGCAUAUUAUGUUAACAACAUGAAGGGUGAACCAAGGUUGUGUCGAAAGUCUAUCCAGCAGUGAUGGUUGGAUGGCGGGUCCUGUUCAGAGUAACAGCAGUACAAAACGUGUUCAAGGCUGGAGUGUUUUAAACAAGUAGAGAAUAAGAGGUUGUUUCAGGUCUAAAGCAUAUAUGGUUCGAAGGUAGCUGCACAGAAUUCAGGAUAUCUGGUUCAAGGCUCAGUGCACAUGAGUGGAAUCGGAAGUCCAAGGAGGAAAUCAACUUGCAGAAAGAUGUUCAGGUUUCUGUUCAAGCACUUGAACAUCUUCGUGGUUUUUGACAGCAAGGUUGUGUUGUUGAUAAGUUCACGAGAAAAACAAGAUAUGAAGUAGCACGACUUCAAUGAAGAGUUGAGCUUGACACUUGGAGUGUAGCAGCUGGGUUAGCAACUCAAGAUAAUGUAUGAAGGUGAUGGAAAUUCAGAAUGACAAUGGGAUUGUCACAUACCCUUCAUCAAGCAUGAUGUCUAUUUUUCAUUGAUGAGGCUAAGUGGAUUAAAGUAUUUAAUCUACUUAAGCAGUUGUGGUGUAUAAGUGUAAGCUUAUGCAGGUUUCAAGAAGAUCAUGAGAGGACUUCAAGCUAAGCUCAAGGUGGAGCUGAGAGAAGUGAGAAGAGAUAAGAGAAGACAUGGAGAUGCAGAGGAUGAGCAGAUUUGCUCAAGUUUCAAGAGGUGUCGAGCACAAAGGAAGGGUUAUGAACUUGGACCAAACAGGUGGAGAUUUGUGAGGUUUGGUCAAGUCCAUCGGACUUGUUCAUCGGCUGGGCCGAGUUGCACAAGUUACGCGUGGACAACCUAUGGGCCUAAUCGAUAAAGCCCAUUAGGUUAAGUGCUGACAAUACAAAGAAGGAGAGAUCACGACAGAGAUCUCUAAGCCAAGCUUCUGGGAGGCACGAGCCUCAAGCAUCCAGGAAGGUUUCCAUGGCGUCUCUUAGAGAGAUGGAGUAAGAUAGAGAUGAUUUGUUGUUCUAAGUUUAGCUCUUAGCCAUGUACUCUUGUAUUAUCUCUUUAUACUCUCUAGGGUUUGCAUACCCAGGAACAGAGAGAAGUAUGAUCUUGUAAACCACAUCGGAGGUGUUUUCCGAUACUUCAUAGUGGAUGUUGUGGAUCCCGGAUCCACCCCAGAUGUAGUGCGCUGCGGCCGCGAACUGGGUUAAAAAUUCUUGUGUCAUGAACAAGGAUUGAAUCAAUGGAAAAGAUCAAAGGGACCAGAGGAUGUUACGAAUCCCCAAGGAAGUCUUGUUAGAGUUACGAUUGACUCUACAAGUGGUAUCAGAAGAACCACGAAUUCCGCAACAUUAACCAUGUUAGUGUUUAAUCCUCUUUCAUAUAAUAAGUUUAUCUGGCAUUAAGAUAUUGUUGCAAGCAAUGUUCUUCGAUAGAACCUCUACC